AUUGUGGAAAUAAGGACAUUUUUUUAAAAAAUAUUGGGUACUGUUGAGAAAUGACGUCCUCGUCCACGUGAGGUCUUUGGAAAGCCCAAUGGACCUAUCCAAGUCACUCACGGAAGACAAUGCUGGAAAUAAUCAGAUUAAGGCCAAUUAUGCGUGAGAUUAUAAAGGCAAGUGCUGAGAGGCUGAACAUGCUGGAGACAGUUAUAAAGACAUCUGGUCACUCCCAGGGCUGGGCUCUCUUUCUCGCUUUGUGUGUGUGUGUGUGAGAGAGAGGGAGUGUGGAACAGUAACACGCUCAGACGCACAGGAGCAGCUUGCAUCUUCCCAAAGGCUAUAACAGCGGCUGUGAAUCUGCUCCAGGAAAAUAGGUCUGAAGCGAUACCCCCUGCGUAAAACAAAGUUCCUCACCGGACGGCGCGAUGUUUUACUUCCAUUGUCCACCGCAGUUGGACGGGGAGUGCUGCAGAUCUAAUACCUUGAACACCAGCAGUUUUGGGAGUCACGCUGCCGGGGACUUCGAUGAUGGUUUCCUAAGAAGAAAACAACGGAGAAACCGAACAACGUUCACAUUGCAGCAGUUAGAGGCUUUGGAAGCAGUUUUUGCACAGACUCAUUAUCCCGAUGUGUUCACGAGAGAAGAGCUGGCGAUGAAAAUAAACCUGACCGAGGCUCGUGUCCAGGUGUGGUUCCAGAACCGGAGAGCCAAAUGGAGAAAAACGGAAAGAGGGAGUACGGACGCAGAGGGGGGCAAAGACUCGCUGGGCGAGGGCGCCCCCCCAGCGACCAACAUGGCCUCGCCGGCGCCCCUUGAGCAGGGCAGGAACAAGAAAGAAUCGCUGGAAAUUCAGCAAAGCAUAAACAGGACUGUGGGUCCCGGCGGUCCGUUCUUCCCGUCCUGCCUGCCCGGGACUCUCCUCAACACAGCCACGUACGCCCAGGCGCUGUCUCAGGUCGCGACUCUAAAAGGGGGGCCCCUCUGUUCCUGCUGUGUGCCCGACCCGAUGGGUCUGUCCUUCCUGCCCACCUACGGGUGCCAGAGCAACCGGACGGCCAGCGUGGCGGCUCUGCGCAUGAAGGCGCGGGAGCACUCCGAGGCCGUGCUGCAGUCCGCCAACCUCCUCGGCGCCGGCGGCAGCCCCAGUCCCAGCCCAGCGGCCAAGCCCCCGGCCCAGGACGGCGGCGGCGGCGGCGCCGACAAGCCACAGCGCCCCAAGGACCAGCCGGAGAAGAAGAGAAACUUGUGAGCGGGACCAGCGCGCGGGACAGCAUCACCGCACCAAAAUGGCCCGCGCAGAGGACCCUGGAGAGCAGGACACCAGGGGGCGCUUAUUCCUCCCCCGGACAAGCGCACCUGUUCCCCGGCGGCUUCCGGAUUCGAGAAGACAAUUCCUCGCGUGGGACGAUUUUCGUUCUUCCGAAUGCUUAUUUAUUAGUGAGCGAGUCCCUCCCAGUAUUGGGCCCUUCCUAAUUUAAGUGUAACGGCAGUCAAUUCCAGUGGACCAUGCCUGUAAACUGGUUUGCAGAAGCAGAUUUAUCCAGUCAACCGGACACUGUCUUAGCGUUGGUUUAGUUUGUAUUCUCACAAAGAGGAGAAAUUGGCAGGUCUUCCACUUCAUUGAACUUCGUUUCGUCAGUUCAACUUCAGUUCUGGGAUAUUAACAGUUCGGCUGCCAUCCUGGAAGUUCUGGUGUGUUUGAGGCCCUCCAUUACACUAUGUGGGCCCUUAGUCACCAGCUGUACAGAUACUUUACCUCCACAGCCAGUAUUUCUUAGACAUCCUGCAGCCUCUUACCGAAAAAAAAAGCAGCUGACAGAUGUGCUGCUUAUCACUCAGUAUUGCAAACUGGAUUUACUGGUCCCAUUCUAUAAAAUGGGCAGUGCGUUUCUGUGUCAAGAGAGCUGAAUAUUGACGUUGCUUUCUUCCUGUUAGUUGUUGUCAAUUCAUACUUGUUUUAUUGUUCCAGGAUGAUUUUCUUUUUGUAGAGAGUUGUGCUUCACACAUGACAUCUGACAAUUAUGAAUAUGCAAUGUACCAUCAGCUCAGCGAUAUGUUCUCAAUAGCCAGGCUUUAUUCCUGUACUGACAUGUAUUUUAAAACAAUUAAAAAGAUGUAGACAUUUAUGUACAUCUCCUGUAGCCUAUUGCUUGGGCCAUCUGGCUCUAAUUAAUUAUUAACUUAUUUCCCUGUACACCUAGAAAAAAAUGGACUUAUUAUUUAUUUACUUUUAGGACCUCCACUUAUUAUUCCUUUUAAAAAGCUACCUUGUCAUCCUGUUAAGUGUGCUUCUUCAUUUUAUUAUUAUUCCUUUUGUAGAUUUGUUUUACAUUGCUACAGUUAAAAUCAUAAGACAGCUACUGUCUCUAUUCUUCCCAAUUCAUUCAGUUUGAUUAAAUUCUUCCAUAUUCUUUUUUUCAGGAAAGGAACAUAAAUAAGAGAAUGGUUGAGCAGAUUAAGAAUACUUAACAGCAUUGCAUAUGAAAAGUAGUUAGGCUGAUUAAAUUUUGUGUCCUUGAGGAUUUUCAGGAAAUUACUUUUGAUCGUCAAUAACACAAUUAAGUAAACUACACGCACAUUAGCAUGAAUAAUUGAUAAGAAAUUAUGUAUUACGACGAAAUAGUGAUUUAAUAAUUCAUGAUGCAACACCCUAGUGACUCCGCAGAACAAGAUAACGUCAAAGUCUGGCCUGGCAGGACUGGGUGUGCUGUGCACUUGCACAGACUGUGUGGUUUGGUUGUUUUUCACAAUAAUCAUAAGAAUCCUAGUAAAACUAACAAUGUGGGGCAUGCUGUGGAUUUUCUUUGAUUCAGAUAUCAAUAAAUUUAAGGACUUCUUUCAAUCAAAUCGUUUUUGUUUUGGGCGUGAAGCCAAGGUUUCUGAUGUUGUGUGUAAUGAUGACCUCUGAUAAUAAA